ACGGUCAAGAAGAGAAUCCAAGAAAAGACUUGGUAAAACCAUCUAUUGUAACGGAAAUCAUGUUGAUUUUUAACAUGCCCAUGAUUAUUUAUAUGUCCAUAGACCCAGUGUCACGAGAAAACUCACAUUUUGGUCUAACGCGUCAUCUGCUUUUCUUAGGUGACUACACUCAAAAGUUUCUUCACUAAAUUAACAUCCCAGAAAGAUCGAGUUGUAUUUAGGGUGUGCCAUGCUGCAUAGACAUUAACGAGAAAACGCUAAUGGGUCCGUGUAAGUCUCGAGCUUUUCCCUUCUGUGACAGCGUUACCGUGCUCGUACGUGUAUGACGGAUAGCUGCUGCGUUACUGUAUCCUAUGGAAGAGAAGCCAAAAAAGCCUUUGUAAAACCAUCAAUUGUAACGAAAAUCGUGUUGAUUUUUAACAUUUACAUUACUUUUUAUAUUUCAUAGACCCAGGGUGAGAGAAAACUCACAUUUUGGGCUAACGCGUCAUCUGCUUUUCUUAGGUGACUACACUCAAAAGUUUCUUCACUAAAUUAACUUCCCAGAAAGAUCGAGUUGUAUUUAGGGUGUGCCAUGCUGCAUAGACAUUAACGAGAAAACGCUAAUGGGUCCGUGUAGUCUCGAGCUUUUCCCUUCUAUGACAGCGUAACCGUGCUCGUAUGUGUAUGACGGAUAUCUGCGGUAUAUACUGUGUCCUAUGGAAGAUGAUGGAUCAUAAAAUACCUCCUUAAGCUAGCCAAGAGAUUGGGCUCUAUCUAGGCAGAAAAAUGCCGUAAAAAAUGAGUUGAGUUCUAUAUUUGGAAAAUACUACCCUAUCCAAAUGUGGUUGAGUACCAUUUUGCUAAGGAGCAUAAAAGAAUGAGGCUGAGUUCCAUUUAAGCAGGAACCCCUCCCAUAAAAAUGUGAUUGAGCACUAUUUAUCUAGAAAUGAUUAUUUUAAUUCGUUAAUUCUUGAACUUUUAAAGUAGAAUUUAUUAUAAUGUUCCUGAAAAAGUAAAGUUGGCUUACUAUGCCGUUUGUUAUUAAGUUUUAAUAAAAGAGGGGGGGAACUUGUAACCUUUAUAGAUUUUCCUCUCCCCCGGUCCACAUGUGGAUUUCUUCCAUAUGUUCUUCCGCUGUUGCACAGUUGGUAGAGUUUUUCCUAUAAAAAAAGGGAACGGUUUUUGUGUGGAAAUUUUCCCUGGGAAAAGAAAAACAACGGUGAAGCGGAGACGCCCGCCCGCGAGCUUCAUCCAUGAGGAGGAGCGAAAGGCUGAUCCUCAAAUGGGACGAGGAAGCUGAUAAAAAGCCCAAGGCCAAAAAACCCAAUUUAAAAAUUUUAAACGAGGAAAAAAAUCAGGCGAGCGAAGAGAAUGGUAAAAAAGUGAAGACACCCCAGAGGGACAGGGCGAAAAGAUCUGUUAUCAAAGUGAAAAUCAAAGAGACGUCGAGAAGCGGGGUCGAGAAAGUCACUAGGUCCGGCAGGAACUUCUCGCCCUACGAGAUCUACCCUACGGUCUUCCAGAGGCGGAAGGAGAGGAAGGCGAUGUUCAAGAAACCCCCCGAGGGGGAAAGCGGGACGGAACGGGCCCAGGAGGAGCCUCCGAUCAAGGAGGAACCCUCAGAAACGGAAAAGGAAGAUUCAGAUUCGUCUUUCGAGUUCCCGGACCCUCUUCUUUACCCAGAACACUGGCCCAGGAUCAGCCAGGACCUACCGGGCUGUGAGGACAUCCGCGAUUGGCAGGACGACUCCACACUCGUGGAAGUGGAACACCCGGGCAACCUGAGGACUAUGCUGGCCGACACGGACAAAUACGCCUUCAGGUCUUGCUUCAACAACAUUGCCAAGCAGAUAGCGAACUUCGAUAGGUACAGGGGGGCCGAGACGUCUCCGGGUGACCCGGGCAAGUACGACGUUCUCGAGGCGCAGAGGUCCGAGGCGAAAAAGUUCUACAGGAAGAAAAUCACCGAUUCAAAACUCAUGGAAUGGCACAGCGUUUCGGCAGCUUUCAUCGGGCCGAUGGCGUACGCUCAGUUGGACUGGGGCAAGUCCAAGUCUGUAUACGACAAACUGAAAGAAAUGCUGGCGAGGAGGGACCGCCAGGAGGAGAUCGACUUCAUCAAAGAGAGGACUAGGUUGAUCUGGUUCUGCGUCAAGAUUUUCGGCACGUGUUCGACCUGCUUCAUAACGACAUUCGACAUCCUGCCUUACUUCUACGACUUCUAUCUGUACACGGCCGGGGUCGAGAAGCCUUUCAUGGUGCCCUUGCCUAACACGGGCUAUCUUGGGGAAAAUCCCAAGAGGAGCUUUUAUUAUUAUUUCGUCAACGUCGUCACGUCUCUCUGGUGCGCCAAGAUCUCCGUGGUAGCUUUUGGUUACGAGUCCUUGGGCUACUUGUCCAUCUCUUACGCCUGCGCCGAGCUCGAGAUAAUAAGCAUGAGGAUCAAAAAAUGGGGAGAACUCAGAAAAGAGAGCGGCAUCGAGCUGAGAGACAUCAUCGAUGAACACCGUCAGAUUUUAAGGUUGGCUCAUGAACUCAAAGAACUCUUCGGUAUGGCUAUGGCGUCGCAGAACGUCGUGGGCGCGCUUUCCCUCACCCUGUACGCGUACACAAUCAUGGUGGAACUGGGCGAGGAUGUCCUUCAGGUCGUGGUGAACGCCUUCUGCCUCGUGAUCGUGACAGCGCUCAUUUCCGCGGCUAACUUCAUGGGUCAGAACCUCCAGGACAAGAGCAUGGAGCUGUUUAAAAGCUUAUGUGACGUGCCAUGGGAAGAGAUGGAGCCGGCGGUCCGGAAGGAUCUCAACAUGAUGAUACGGCAGGCGAAGAGGCCGAUGGUCGUCGACUACCGGGGCAGGAGUCCACUCAACCUCGUCACACUCAUGGGGAUAUUCAACGCAAGCUAUUCGUACUUCAUGAUGCUUAAAUCAAUGUAUUGAAGGUGACGAAAAAAAUAGGGCAAAAGGUUUUUAUUAAGGAAAAUAUGUAGUUCUAGAUUGGCACACUUAUAAGUGUAAUAGCAAUUAUAUAUUGAUUUGA